AUCGGCUGGGAGAUGUGAUCGAGAAAGGUGUUGUGGACAACGCUGGUAAUGCAACACGUUUACGGAGCAGGAUUGAUAAAAAACGUAGUUACACAACAUCAAUCCUAGUGUCACCCAAUCCGGACCGAAAAUUACUUUUACCGCAAAGACAGCAUUCAGCAGAAGGCAGUAAUGUGUUUAGCAUUGCAUCCGGUGCUAUGACCGUUGAAGUUGGUAAGGAUCAGUUUUACUUGCCGAAUGUAAAUGAUGAUUGUAAAUCGAAAGAGGGACAAUUGCUGUUGAUGGGUCUUUGUGAUCGGUUGAAUAGCGUAGGAAAGGAUUCCGGAAAUAGCCAUGCAACGAUGAAGUCAGAAUCGGAAACGGGUACCAUCAAUUCAUGUAUUCAGUCUGCUGGAACAGCGCUUUUCCAUGGCGCUGAUGUCAGCUAUAUCUAA